AUGUCUGCUCCUGCUGCUAAGGGCCGCGUUCUGCUCGCCUACUCCGGUGGUCUUGACACCUCGUGCAUCCUCGCAUGGCUCAUCGAGCAGGGUUAUGAGGUUUACGCCUUCAUGGCGGAUGUUGGUCAGGAGGAGGACUUUGAAGCCGCCCGCAAAAAGGCACUUCAAGUUGGCGCGAAGAAGUUCUUUUUGGAGGACUUGAAGCGCGAAUUCGUCACCGAUCUUAUCUAUCCCGCCGUACAGGCCAACGCGAUCUACGAGAAUGUGUACCUCCUCGGCACCUCGCUCGCGCGCCCGGUCAUCGCUCGUGGAAUGAUUGCAAUUGCCGACAAGGAGGGUUGCGACUUCGUUUCGCAUGGCUGCACUGGUAAGGGCAAUGACCAGGUUCGGUUCGAGCUCGCAUUCUACGGCCUCAAGCCCGACAUCAAAGUGAUCGCACCCUGGCGUCUUCCUGAGUUCUACAAUCGUUUUGCUGGACGUCAGGCGCUUCUCGAGUACGCUGCCCAGAAGCAGAUCCCUGUCGCUCAAACUGCGGCUAAGCCCUGGUCAACCGACGAGAACCUUUUCCACAUCUCAUACGAGGCUGGUAUCCUCGAGGAUCCCGACACCACCCCGCCUACGGAUAUGUGGAAGCUCACAACCGCCAUUGAAGAUGCGCCUACGACGCCUGAGCGCAUUUCAAUCGCGUUUGAGCGUGGUUUGCCCACGAAGGUCGUGGCUGGUGAUAAGACGUACACGGACCCCGUGGAUAUCUUCCUGGCGCUUAACGCGCUCGGCCGUAAGCAUGGCAUCGGCCGCAUCGACAUCGUGGAGAACCGUUUCAUCGGCGUCAAGUCGCGUGGAUGCUACGAGUCGCCCGGAGCGACUAUCCUCCGCGCUGCGCACGUCGAUCUUGAGGGUCUCACCCUUGACCGCAAUGUGCGUGCCCUUCGCGAUCAGUUCGUCACUGUCGAGCUCUCGCGCAUCCUGUACAACGGCCACUUCUUCACUCCCGAGCGUGAGUUCGUCACCAGCGCGAUCCCGGCUAGCCAGCGCACCGUGAACGGUCUUGUCCGCCUUAAGCUCUACAAGGGCAACGUCGUCAUCGAAGGGCGCUCGUCGGAGGAGGGUCUUUACGACGAGAAGCAAUCUUCCAUGGACGAGCUCGGCGGAUUCGAGCCGACCGACACCACCGGCUUCAUCGCUAUCGAGUCUAUCCGUAUCAAAAAGUGGGCUCAGGCGAACAUCCGCAAGGGUCAGGCCGGUGUUGCCCCGGAGGAUGUAUACGGUACUCGUCUUUGA